AUGCCGGUGACCAAACCCCUCGUCGCGGUCCAGGACCUCAAUCUCACCGUGUGGCAGCAGCCAGGCCACUCCACGAUAGAGGCGGAGGAGGUGUACGCCGGGAGCUACCGGAAGGUGGGCGACAGCGCCGCCGGCUGGGUCACCGUCAGCUUUGGCGAUCUCUUCAGCGGCGAAGCUCGGAAGGUCCUCGUCCGCGUCCUCCUCCCUGCCGUCCACAAUGAGCACCGCGUGGCUGUCUUGCUCGCCCGAUGCUCGUACAGAGUCCGAGGAGAAACUUUCUACUGCCCUCGUGAUCACCGGAUGAGGUGCUUUAUGCGCCGUGCCAGAUCAGCCAGCCCGGGCGCCAUGAACGCGGAGGUGGAGCAGGAGCUGGAGCGUAUCAUAUACGUCGACAAGAUAGACGAGGCGAUUGCAACGGGCGACUACGACAGCGCCCACAGAAAGCUCGGGGAGCACCAGAAGGUCCUCGAGGCUAGGCCGCCCAACCGCAUGAUCCGCAGGCUCUGGGAGGAGCUAGCUGAAGCACCUCCUCAGCCUCAAGACCUGGGCAGCGCUCUUCGCCACCCUGCUGUCGUACAAGGUGUCGCACGACCGCCAGCGCGGCGGGCACUUCGCCCACGCCGCGCAUGCGCAGGAGCUGGAGGAAGAACAGGCCGUGACGAGGAAGAAACCACCGGUGGCGGAGGCACGGACGUGGGUGGUCUGGGCCUCUGGGGCGGAUCACGAGAGUGUAGGAGCUCCGGGUGGUGGGCGUGGGCGACGGUGAUCCUGUGCACCGUGCUGGCCAUCGCAGUGAUCUUGGCCGGCGCGGCGGUGUUCGCCGUGUACACGCUCUUCAAGCCCAAGAUGCCGUACCUGGCAGUCUCCGACGCGCGGCUGGGGCUGCUGCAGUACGACCAGGGCGGCACAAUCCAGUCCCUGCAGAUGUCCAUCACCAUCCGGGCCGAGAACAACAACUCCAGGGCGGACGCCACCUUCUCCCGCGUCGACCUCGCCCUGGGAUUCCACGGCGUCGACGUCGCCCUCCUGCGUGCGGAACCCUUCGUGGUGGCGCGGGAGAGCUCCCUGCCGCUGCGGUACAACGUCGUGUCGGUGGGGCGGACGCUGGACGCUGAGGGGAUGCAGGCUAUGGAUGCGGCGCUCAAGGCUAGCGUUGUGCCAUUCGACCUGUUGGGCAAGGCGCGCACUCGGUGGAAGGUGGGCGUCUUCGUCAGGCUCCGGUAUUGGACGCGCAUCUGGUGCCGCCUGCGCCUCUUCUUCCCUGGCAACGGCACCGUCGUGCCCACCGAUCGUGACAGAUGCCGCUCCAGAUAG